ACGCACGAUGCGCCUCCAGCAAUAUGGACGGAUGACCUCUUAUGCCGUCUUCUCAAAAGACCUGCCCGAGUGCCCACGGACGCCGUUGGACAUUUACUGCCACUCAUACGACCAUCUCCUAGGAAAGGACUCUGGGGGGAUUUGUAGUCGCUGUUAGUGGUCAUGGCGUUCGUGUGGGCCGGGAAAGCGACCGCGAAGCCCCGUCUAGAAGAGAAUCUCCCAUCUCAUCAUUUUUCAAGGGCGAAUUUGGAUUCUCUCGUUGAAAGACAUUGUAUGGCGGUUUGGUACUUCGUAUGGCUUAAAGUCAUAGCUCUAUCUUGGGAGCUAGUGCUCAUUAGUUUGAUAUACUCAGGAUUACGUAUGGCGACUUUUAUCUUUACACCGCUCGUAUUCUAUCCUGUGCUCCAUGGAGAUUCGAGUCUUAGUUUGCUGAAGCUGAAGUCGGUAAUGAAAUUACAUCGACUUUAUUAUGCUUUUAAUGCGGAUUUGUCUUCCUUUUGCCACUGAUGAAUAUCCAGCAUUUCGUGAUUCAUGCUAGGACAUGCAGCACCUUUUUUCUCUUUUGGGUAUUCGUUUAUACAGUGCUCAGCAAGGCAAUGGCUCAAUUGAUCAAUAGGAAGAACUCGAGAAAGAGUGAUAUGAUUUAUAGGAG